AUGCAUUACUCCUUUUGUUUUUUCGUUUUCAACGUUCUCUGGACGACUACAAUAGUCCAUGGACAAGUCAAUCCCUGUGUCUCAAAUCCAUGUAAAAACGGUGCCACGUGCCAAAAUAUAAACUCCGUUGAGUACAAUUGUAUUUGUCCACCCCAAUUUCCUGUAGAGGGUAAAAAUUGUGAUCAAUUGAUUACGACGACAACAACAACAGUACAACCAAUCGUUACACCUGCACCGUCACCAUGCGCAUCAUCUCCAUGUCUUAACAGUGGUACAUGUAUUCUUCAAGCAGUUUUUAAUGAUCCAUAUCGAUGUGCUUGCACUCAAUAUACAUAUGGAGCACGAUGUGAAAAUAUAAACCGAUGCUUUACAGGAGUAACACCCUGUCUCAAUAGUGGCAUAUGUGUUCCUGGUGUCAAUGGAGCCUAUACUUGCGCAUGUACUCCACAAUACACGGGAUCGACUUGUGAAAUAUUAGUUCAACCAAUAUCUAUUUGCGCAUCACAACCGUGCGCAAAUGGUGGAACUUGCCUAUCUUUGAAUAAUAAUGCAGCCUUUUUUUGUAAUUGUCCGCCGGGAUAUUCAGGCUCACGAUGUGAAUUCGCCAAUCCAUGUAUAAAUGCACCAUGUUACAAUGAUGGUACUUGUGUAGCAAUAAAUACAGGAGGAUAUGAAUGCAUUUGUAGAGCAACAUUUACUGGUCCUCGAUGUGAAACUCCAAAUAGUGUUGAUGUUUGUUCGCCGUCACCAUGCAAAAAUGGUGCACUUUGCUUGACAAUCAACGGCGCAUAUUACUGUAAUUGUCCACCGUCCUAUACGGGUCAAACAUGUGAACAAAUAAUCAUGAACAAUAACGUAUGUAUUACGAGUCCAAAUCUUUGUCAAAACGGCGGAACAUGUAUUUCACCUGGUGGUAAUGGAUGGACAUGUCAAUGCCCGGCUGGCUACACAGGAGUAAAUUGUGCCACACCUAAUUUUGCCAAUACUUGUCUACAGAAUAAUCCGCAGUGUUUGAAUGGUGGAACUUGUGUUUCGUCUGGAAAUACCUAUGUAUGUUCAUGUCUUCCUGGUUACACAGGAGUAAAUUGUGGCACACCUAAUUUCGGGAAUACUUGUUUACAAGGUAAUCCUCAGUGUAUGAAUGGUGGAGCUUGUAUUUUGGCUGGAAAUACCUAUCAGUGUUCAUGCCUUGCUGGUUACGUCGGUCAAUAUUGUGAAAGUGCAGUACAAGUAGGAACAGUUUGCAAGCCUACCCCUUGCAAAAAUGGUGCAAUGUGUAUUACAUUAAGCAACAACGAUUAUUCAUGUCAAUGUCCUCCUCAAUAUAAUGGUAGAAAUUGCGAAUUUGUAAUUGCAACAUGCAGUCCAGCUUAUUGUAGCAAUGGUGGUACAUGUUCAACGCUGUCAAAUGGAGUAUAUGCAUGUGCUUGUCCACCAGGCUAUACAGGAAGUCGAUGUGAAAGUUUUGUAACCAAUUAUUGUUUACCGCAACCGUGUCUGAAUAAUGGUGUAUGUACUUCAGCUGCAUUGACAUUUGAAUGUAGAUGUUCAAAUCCUUUUCGGGGAAAACGAUGUGAAGAAGUAACAUCAGUUUAUUCACCUUGCGAUAGUAAUCCUUGCAAAAAUGCUGGUACAUGCACUGCGUCUGGAAGUAUUUAUACUUGUACAUGUGCGCCUGGUUAUACCGGCAACACAUGUGAAACGAGUAUUCGCCCAGCUGUAUGCGAAUUGAAUUGUUCGCCCGGUUAUUGCUUUGCUAAUGCAGCUGGUUCAUCACCAUUCGCUUGCUUUUGUCGCGACAAUUCAAUACAUCUAAGAUCAUGUCCUCCUUGA